GCCAAUGGCCAAUUACAUAUAGAUGUGCGCUCUGAAUAACGAAAUAAACAUUGGAUUGACAAUCGAUAAAGCAAUAAAACUUGGAUUAUUAUUAAAACACACUGGUGCAUGCAUGGUGUUUUAAAUCUGAGUAUUAAGUUACAGUUACAAAUGUUACUGAAUAUGAAAUACAAUUUGGCCGAAAUCUUAUGCUAAUUUAUAAAAUAUAAUCGGGUCAUAACAUUUCCUGAUACAUAAAUCCCGAUUUUCAAUUAUUUUGUAGAUAAGAUCAGAUAGAUAAACAUUGACGUCACAAACAAAAUACCUAAGUAAUUAUAAAAACAAUUCGUAGAACUAUUCAAAUAAUAGAUUUGUUUUGGUUCUAUCAGCGGACAGUUCUAUAGAACAGUUCAGAAUAGUUACCCAACUGUAGUGUAAGUGUCUUGGCUUAGAUGUUCUUAUGAAUGAAAUGGUCAACUAAUUUGAACCGUACCCCGUACCUUUCAACUCGUAUAAACAUAAACUCUUGGGGGUACAAUAAACUAGUGACAUGGCUGAGAGAAAUCUUAAUUUAGUUUUCACUAGCGCAAUAGACAGUUUUUCAAAGCACCUCCACAAAGAGUUGAAGAAACAAGAUAGCAAUGAUUUAUUUUCACCUAUCAACAUCCAUGCAUUUCUGACUCUUCUUUCUCAGGAUCCUUGGUUUUACAGUAAAGAUAGUUUCAAUAGAUUCUUGUACCUCGAUGUUAACACAGCAUCUACACUUUACAAAAAUAUUUUCGAUGUUUUUAACAGUAUUAAUAAUCUUCUGGUUGCUAACAAUUCUUUGUUGAAACCAAGCCAAGUUCCAGAAGCUUUCAGGAAUCGUCUCAGGGAUAACUUUGCUAGUGAAGUAAACCCUUUGGAUUUCACUAAACUAGAAGAUGCUACGGCAGCAAUAAACACAUGGGUCCGUGAUAGGACUCUCCAGAAAAUUACACCGUUUAGUGGUUUAAGGGAGGACGUGAAUUUUACAUUUUUAAAUGCUACACGCUUUAAAAGUGACUGGACGGAACCAUUCUCCAUGGAUGAGACAGUUCCCGCAACUUUUUAUUUGAACGAGCAAGAUACGGUGCCAGUUCAAAUGAUGAGAAAAAAAGGUGAAUUUUAUUUUGAGCAUCAUUUAGGUCUCUCAGCUAAAAUUUUAAAAUUACCGUUUGCCGGCAACAAAGUAAACCUUGUAGUUGUUUUACCAAGAAAAGAAAUAAAUAUUAAUGAAUUUGUUCAAUUUUCAACAAAUUUUUUAAAUUUAUCGCAUCUUUCAAAGAACAUGACUAAACAGGAGGUAGAUGUCUCCCUUCCAAAAUUUAAAAUGGAAGAAACUGUGGAGCUGGCACAAUACUUAAAGAAGAUGGGGUUGGAAGAAGUGUUCAACGCCAACCUCAGUGGUGUGAUUAAUGAUGAGGAACUCACUUGCGAUGAAAUCAAACAGAAAGCGUAUUUAGAAAUAAACGAAAAAGGUUCGGAAGCUUCCUCAGCAACUGUGUCAACUUUAAUCAAAGCCCAGGAAGAGAAGUUGCCUCCCAAAGAUGGGUUACUAAUCUACGAAGCAAAUAUAUCAUCGGAAAUUACCAACCGUUUUGCCAAGACUAAGGUGGUGUGGAGGGUGAAGAAUACCAACAAGACGGCUGCUGAUGCUGACUUUAAAGUCAUCUUAACCGAUACGGCAUUCAUCACGAAAUUCAUCAUGGAAAUUGAAGGCAAAAGUUAUAAAUCGUACAUAAAAGAAAAGGAGGAGGCAAAGAAUAUUUAUAAUGAAGCAGUGGCACAAGGGCAGAGUGCGGGGCUCAUCGAAGCAAAGACGAGAGAUUCGAGGGAAUUUACAGUGUCGGUAAAUCUGGAGCCUGAUUCGGUGGGGGUAUUUUCUUUAACCUACGAAGAAAUGCUUCAGCGGGUCCACGAUCAAUAUGAACUGGUGUUGAAUAUUUGCCCGGGGCAAAUUGUGGAUGACUUAAAUAUUGAGGUCCGCAUUAAUGAGAGUCGACCUCUAAAAUUUGUAAAAACGCCACCUUUGAGAUCAGGAAACGACAUGAAUACGUCGGAAUUCGUUCAAUACCUUGACCCUUUGUCGGAUGUUAAAGUAAUAAAUCCAAAAACCGCUACCAUCAAGUUCCAUCCUAAUACCACGAGGCAAAGAAAAAUGACUCAUUAUCUGGGAAAUAAAACAAGCGAUGGCUUGUCAGGUCAGUUCGUCGUGCAGUACGAAGUAGAAAGAGAACCCCUCAACGGAGAAGUGUUGCUACAAGAUGGCUAUUUCGUUCACUUCUUUGCCCCGAACGACCUAGACCCGUUACCGAAGCACCUCGUUUUCGUGUUGGACACCAGCACGAGUAUGAGGGGAAGGAAAAUUGAUCAGCUGAAAGACGCUAUCAUGAAUAUUUUGGGCGAUUUACGUAAAGAAGACAUGCUGAGUAUUAUCGAGUUUAACACUGACGUUAUCGUGUGGGAUGUCGACUCAAAAGAAUCAACCACUGUGCCUGCGAGUAAUAUAAAGGAUUUCAAGGAGCCUUUUGCCUACUUACAACAAUGUAUAUCAUCAGAUCCACACCUUGUUAGUGAGGAUAUUAUAAAAAAAGCAAAAGAGGUCGUUCAGGGUAUUAUGGCUAUUGGAUGUACCUUCAUGAUCGGCGGUUUAGAAACGGCUUUGUAUUUAGUAAAAACAGGACAACAGAAAAACAAGGACAAGGAUCAGAAGCUUCAACCCAUCAUAGUAUUUCUGACCGACGGUGAACCCAACGUUGGUAUCCCCUCAACAGACGAAAUCGUUGAACUAGUGACUCAUCUGAACACGAAAGACAAGGUUCCUAUAUUCUCCCUGUCUUUUGGAGAUGGUGCAGACAAAGACUUUCUGAGGAAGCUGUCUUCAAAGAACCUGGGUUUCUCGAGGCACAUAUACGAAGCCGCCGACGCCUCUUUGCAGCUGCAGGACUUCUACAAGCAGAUUUCUUCCCCGCUCUUGCACGACAUCAAGUUCAAGUAUGACGCGGAAGUGGCAGAAGUCACUAGGACCUGGUUCCCCAUUUACUUUAGGGGCUCCGAGUUGGUCGUUGCCGGAAGAUGUGAAGAACAAAUAUUCCCGACUGCCAUCGACUGUAGGGGCCCACGCGGUCCUAUAAUAAUAAGAUCGGCCACGGAAAGACCCGUAACUUCCCUAGAAAGGCUAUGGGCCUACCUCACAGUGAAACAAUUGUUGGACGAGAGGGAUUCCGCAGCAAAUCCAGAAGAGUUAACCAAAAGGGCCGUUAAUUUGGCACUAAAAUACUCUUUUGUGACAGACGUAACGUCGCUGGUAGUGGUGAAGCCUAAGGAAACAGCUCCUGUCCUAGAGAAUCGUGUCGCGGAUCUUGGUUAUAGAGAUAUGGGCUAUAUUACUCUACAAUCAGCUGUUCCCUCUUGUGUAUCGUCUAAUUUGUCAAAAAAAAAAAAAAAGAAAAAAAUAUGCUUUAGUGCUAGGGGGGUACAAGCGGAUGAUGAUAUUCUUAGGCCUUUAGGAAUUUGUGGUGGUGGACCGUCAGAAUUUGUUGUUGAACAUGAAGGUGUGGAAUCUGAUUCUGUAAAAAAACCUGCAGAAGAGUUUACGGCCGACCAUCCGUUCUUGGUCUUCUUGCAGGUGGAGAUCGACGAUGCCGUUUUGAUACUUUUCCGGGGCUGCGUUUAUAAACCCAGUUAUUAAAUUACGACAAGCUUGCACUAUGUAUUUUUUCUAACGGGACAUACCGGCUUACUCGAGUAAGAUUCACUUUGUAAGACCUGUCACUUGACUGUUUAGAGAUCUCUCACUUGAUCAGGUUAUCGACUUGCUUGUGUGGGUUGGUGUGCCGAUUAAAAAAAUGGCUUAAAUUUUACAAUAAUUAGAAUUAUGUAUAUGACGCUUUUUUAAGAAAAUAUAUACUAGUCAGUUAUAAACUACAAAUAUUUUAUAUAAUAUUUUAUGUUUACAAGUUUUAAAUGUUGUUUAAUGUGUGUAAAACUAUAUAUUUUAUUAAAUCACUAAUGCUUU